AAGAAAUGAUUGCUCUUCGUCGUUUGUUCCUGAAAGCAAACUGGGAAAGGCAGGCAGAGCUUCACUUUCCCCGUAAUCUCCUUCCCGAUUGGCCAAUUAUUAGCGAUCUGCCCCUGCCGCCAUCAAUCGCCACACUCCGGCGAAUGCUGCCCGAUCUGAUGACCAAGCGAUCCCGGCUGCUCAGCUCCAAUGCCUUGCUCCAUCCAUGAUUCGAUCCCUUCCAUGCCUUAAUUAUCUGAUUCAGAGCGGUGAUUCUGAGCGGGAUUCGUUAUAAUGUCCAACCUGUAUGGAGAUUACAACCAGAAGAUCGACUACGUGUUCAAGAUAGUUUUGAUCGGGGACUCCGCGGUGGGGAAAUCCCAGCUCCUCGCUCGGUUCGCGAGGAACGAGUUCAGCGUGGAAUCGAAGGCCACGAUCGGGGUCGAAUUCCAGACGAAGACGCUCGUGAUCGAUAACAAGACGGUGAAGGCUCAGAUAUGGGACACCGCCGGCCAGGAGAGAACAUCUAUUAUAUUGAACUGUACACGGAGACAGAACUACAUGCCCAUGGGUUCUAUCAGCAUCUGAAAACGAAGUGUACUGAGAUUCGUUGUAUGGGAUCUUUCACAUCUUACGAAGAUAGGUACCGAGCGGUUACAAGUGCAUACUACAGAGGUGCAGUAGGGGCAAUGCUAGUCUACGACAUGACUAAACGUCAAUCAUUUGACCACAUGACCCGAUGGCUAGAAGAACUUCGGGGACACGCUGACAAGAACAUUGUGAUAAUGCUUGUCGGCAACAAGUCCGACUUGGGCAGCUUGCGGGCUGUCCCGACUGAAGAUGCCCAAGAGUUCGCCCAAAGGGAGAACCUAUUCUUCAUGGAGACAUCGGCCCUUGAGGCCACCAAUGUGGAGCCUGCAUUCCUGACUGUGUUAACGGAGAUAUAUCGGAUCAUCAGCAAGAAGACCCUUAAUGCAACGGAUGAUUCAGAUAUGAAUGCAAACCUUCUUAAAGGGACCAAGAUUAUUGUCCCCGGACAGGACCAGGCCCCUCGAUCUGGGGGGUGCUGCAUGUCUUCCUGAUCGUUUCCUUUUCAGACUCCAAAUACAUCUAUUCCUACGCAUAGUUGUUUCUUUGUUUUAGGCCCUUUUAAGUCACUAUUCUGAUUUUUCUUUUUUUUUUUUAGUACUCCCCGUCAGGGACCUUUCAAUGAUUUGUGUAUUCUCCCAGAUGUUGUGCUUACUGUGGAUGAGGAUUGAAUCAAUAGGACCCUUUCGUCGUAUUUCAAGUUAUGGAAGAGAAUUUUCUGAUUUUGUGGAA